CACCCCCAAUUACAUCCUCCCCAUCUCCCUCCUCCUCCUCUCCCUCCCCCUCCCCUCCUCCUCCUCCUCACUCCCAAUGCAACCAGACCCCCCAAUCCCCGCCGACACCCGCCACACCCUCGCCUUGAAGCUCGGCGCCAUCGCCCUCCAUCCUCGCCCUCCGCGCCUCCUCGGCGUCCUCAUCCCCAUCCUCAGCCAAGCGCAUCCCCUCCCUCCGACCCCGAGACCGACGCAUUCCUCAUCAUCAAGUCCUCCGCCGCCGGCGUAAUCCUCGCCCGGUAUGAUCCACAUCCUCCCAACGCCUUCGAGCGGCUCACGUCCCCUGCCUCGGAGGCGGGCCGUGGAGGGAUUUCCCGUGUUGCGGGUUUCGUGGCGAUGGGGUCCGCGGUGGCGACGAUGAUGGUGAAUUGUUUCGCGAUGGGGUAUUACCGGCGGUCGCAGAUCAGUAAGGCGCCUCCCGGUGACGAUGACGCGGAUGUGGCGCGCGGCGUGGUCGGCAUGGAACACGGGCACGGGCACGGGCGUGCGGCGUCAGAGGGGUGGGACGGAAGAGGGUCGGUGGCGGAGAGGAUCAGGCGUAGAGUUGUGUCACAGGUUUUGGAGCUGGGCAUUGUGGUUCACUCAGUGAUCAUUGGCGUCUCCUUGGGCACCUCACAGAGCUCCUCGACGGUAAAACCCUUGUUAGGUGCUUUGAGCUUCCACCAAUUCUUUGAAGGGAUAGGCCUCGGUGGAUGCAUAGUUCAAGCCAAGUUCAGAGCAAGGGCCACGGUGAUCAUGGCCAUCUUCUUCUCCUUCACUACGCCCACUGGCGUCGCCCUAGGGAUCGCGAUAUCGUCGGGGUACGAUCGGAACAGCCCGACCGCUCUCGCCGUUGAGGGGCUCUUCAACGCCGCCUCUGCGGGGAUUCUGAUUUACAUGUCACUAGUCGAUCUCUUGGCAGCGGACUUUAUGAGCCCGAGGUUGCAGGGCAACACAAGGCUCAUGUUGUGUGCGCAUUUAGGGCUCAUUCUUGGAGCCGGAUUGAUGUCUACGCUUGCUAUAUGGGCUUAGGUCCUUCCUCUUGUUGUGUUCGCAAGGGUUUUUGUCUAUUGUCGAAACCCUUGGCAAGGGAUGCUUUGCUGCUGUAUAGCAAUGGCAAGCAGGGACUUUUUG